UACCAGGCUUCAAUAUGGGCCUAUGGUGUUAUACUGUAAAUGGCACAGAACUGUGGUACUUGUUGACUGCAGGCAGGUGCACAUGCCACUUUGGCAGUUGGUUACUGAGGUCAGCUGAUCACAUCACUGUGGCAGUUAUUCAGUUGGGAUUUGUUCUCAGACCAGAGCAGAGCGACUUUUACCUCGGGUAUUUUUCAGAGUGAAAAUCGCGAAUAUUUCAUCCGUGGAGUACAAAAUUCUUUUAGAUUGCCUUCCUCCAGCCAGGAGUAUGAAGAAGACCCCAUUCCAGCCCCUUAGCUGUGACAUUAUGUCUGAAGAAAGGGUGAAGAAAGUGGCAAAUGGGAAGAUCAACAGCAACAUCAAGAUGAAGAGAAAGAGAGACGUUGAGGAGCAAGGACAUCAGCGCAAAAAAGUCCACUUUCAGAACAUCAUGACAAGAGAAGAACAAGAGAAGAAGAAAGAAGAGAAGAAGAAAAAGAAGAAAGAAGAGAGGAAGAAAAAGAAGAAAGAGAAGAAGAAAAAGAUGAGAGAAGAGAAGAAGAAAAAGAAGAAAGAAGAAAAGAAAGAGAAGGAGAAAAAGAAGAAAGAAGAGAAGAAAAAAGCUGAGGCAAGGAAGAGACCCCUAAGCAUGGAGGGCUACACUAAAUCAGAAGAAGGAGGAAACAUCCAAAAAAGACCUUGCCUUGAAGAGAAAAGGCCCCUUCAACUGAUGGUCACGAGCUACAGUACCCAUGCCGUGCUGGGUCAUGGCGGUUUUGGCUCGGUAAUGUUGGCAACUUGUUCCAACAAGAGCCAACCUGUAGCAAUGAAGGUGAUACACAAAGCAGAGAAUAGACAAUCGAUUGCCAAGGAGGUGCGAAUACUGAGGAUGGCUUCUGGAUGCCCAUUCCUCUGUCACGCGCAUGCAGCUUUCCAAACAAAGCUGGCUGCAUGCAUUGUGAUGGAGUACGCCAGUGGAAACAGCUUGGAGAAAUUCAUAAAGCGCACAGGGAAACUGAAGAUGGACGCUAUAACGUAAGUGACUCACUGUAUGUACAGGAAUGUGGGGACAAUGGUACCUGAGAGAGAUUCCAUAAUUAUCUAUAGUUUCAUACAGAAAGAUUAAAAUGGGUCAGGAUUCUAUUUGCAAAAAAAUAUGUGCCAACAUAGCAAAA